AUGUUUGCAAAGGUGUUGGUUGAGGUGAACCUUGGUCAAACCUGCCCCAAGUUAAUUCAGUUUGUCAAUGAGAAAGGUGAUCUUGUAGACCAACCUAUGGAGUAUGAUUGGUUACCUACCAUUUGCUCCCACUGUAAGGGGUUGGGUCAUGAGAGUAGGGUAUGCUCUAAACUACAGAAACCACCACAGAAGAAGGUAUGUAGACCUAAAACUGUCCAACAAGUGAAGGAACCUACACUAAAUCCAACUGGUGGGGUGCAGCCAGUUGUAGGAGAGGUCCAGGUUCCUGCAGUGGGACACAUGGUGAGGAGUGGGAGGGAUAAAGAUGGUUUUAUCCAAGCUACCUCCUUCAGUAGACAACAUGGGCAACAACUCAGGACUGUAAUUACAAGGAACAGUUUCCAUGCUCUCAACUUGGAAGAUGCAGAUGGAGGUGAUCCUGUAGGGGAUGUGGCUGGGUGGAACUUCACAACUAAUAUCAGUUGUUCCACUUCCAGUAGGAUUGUUUUAGCAUGGGAUCCUAACUCUUUUACACUGAACAUUUUGUCAAUGAGCAGUCAACUCAUUCACUGCUUCAUAACUCCAAGAAGCACAGGUGUGGGGUUUUUUGGUACCUUCAUCUAUGGCAUGAAUACUAAGGAGGAUAGAGUGCCUUUAUGUAACUCUCUCACUCAGAUUUCAGACAACUGUACCCAACCAUGGAUCAUCAUGGGGGAUUUUAAUGCUCUGAUGGAUGUUGAGGAUAGAGUGGGUGCCCCUGUCAGAAUUAGGGAAAUCCAAGCUAUGAGAGCUUGUAUGGCUCAUUGCAACCUGUCCACCGUCAAAACAGUGGGGAGACAAUUUACAUGGAGUAACAAGCAAGUGGGGGAGGACAGGGUGCUGUCUAGAAUUGAUAGAGUGUUGGCUAAUGCUAGCUAG